UCUUCCAAGGCGGUCCUUCGCUGCGUCCCCCGGGCCGACUCCGGAUCGCAGGCAGACGGCCAGGCGGGCGGUGCAGCGCGGUCCCGUGCGAAGCGUAUUCUGGCACUGGGCGUCCAGUUGGGCCAACUGUGUCAGGCUGCAAUAGUGGGAGAUUGCUUAAGGCCUCGCAGGGCGCCGCCCGUCGAGGGGCUGGAGGCAGCGGACAAACCGGGCCGUCGAAGCGCGGAGGAGGCCGGUGGGCCGCGCACAGUCGCGCGGCGCAGCCAUGCCUGGCUUUACGUGCUGCGUACCGGGCUGCUACAACAACUCGCACCGGGACAAGGCUCUGCAUUUCUAUACAUUUCCCAAGGACGCUGAGCUGCGGCGCCUUUGGCUCAAGAACGUGUCCCGUGCUGGCGUCAGUGGGUGCUUCUCCACUUUCCAGCCCACCACGGGCCACCGUCUUUGCAGCGUUCACUUCCAGGGCGGCCGUAAGACCUACACGGUGCGUGUUCCCACCAUCUUCCCGCUGCGCGGCGUCAAUGAGCGCAAAGUAGCGCGCAGACCCGCGGGGGCCGCGGCCGCUCGCCGCAGGCAGCAACAACAGCAGCAGCAGCAACAACAGCAGCAGCAGCAGCAGCCGUCGCCGUCCGUCUCCGCUACCCAGACCUCCCAACUGCAGCCGAACCUGGUGUCUGCCUCUGCAGCCGUGCUUCUCACCCUUCAGGCUGCUGUGGACAACAGUCAGGUUCCUGGAUCUGGCCCGCCGGCACCCACCACUCCCACCGGAGAAGAUGUGAAGCCCAUCGACCUUACUGUGCAAGUGGAGUUCGCAGCCGCAGAGGGCGCAGCCGCCGCAGCCGCCGCGUCAGAGCUAGAAGCUGCCACAGCUGGGCUGGAGGCCGCGGAGUGCCCGAUGGGCCCCCAGUUGGUGGUGGUAGGUGAAGAGGGCUUCCCCGAUACUGGUUCUGACCACUCAUACUCGUUAUCGUCAGGCACCACGGAGGAGGAGCUCCUGCGCAAGCUGAAUGAGCAGCGGGACAUCCUGGCACUGAUGGAAGUGAAGAUGAAAGAGAUGAAGGGUAGCAUCCGCCACCUGCGUCUCACCGAGGCCAAACUUCGAGAAGAGCUUCGUGAAAAGGAUCGUCUGCUUGCCAUGGCUGUCAUCCGUAAGAAGCACGGGAUGUGAAUGGGUCUUACUGUGGCCUGAAGAACUCCUGGACCCCCUCCAGCCCAAGGAAUCCUCAGGCCAAUGUUGACUUUUCUAUACUUUGGUCGACAGUACUGAGGCUUAAGGCAGCUGGACGCUUGCUGGGGAUCUGGCACUCUAACUUGUUUCCUCUUGAACAGGAGUUUGGGGCCUCAGACUCGGCACUGGUGACACCAGCAAUUAAUGACUAUCUACUCUCCUUCUCCAGUUGCAGAUUCUGGUUAAGCAGAGGCUUCAGAAUCACUGAACUUGAAACACCUCAGAGGGAUUCAGGUGGGAUGCCUGGGGACUGAGUUUGGGAAAGCCACACCUUAAGGUUGGCUAGCAAUCAGAGACAAUUUGACUGUGUGUAGUGAUAAGAGAUUCAAGUAACAUCAGUUCCUUCCUUUUCAUGCUUACCCUUUUCAGGUGCAGUCUGUGAUUCUGAUGGGGACUAGUUGAUAUGUGCCUCUGCCUCUUAGGAUCUCCCUACUAGGAGGCCAUUUAUGAGGGGAUCUGGGUGACCUGCUGAUGGAGAUCCAGUUUGCCAGGGACUUAGGUUUAACUUGUUAUGUUUGCUACUGGUUACAAAUUCUAUUUUCUGUACAAUUAGACUAAAGUUUUCACUGUGUUUGGCAAAACAAAUUAAACAAGAAGUAAGGUUUUUAUUUGGGUUUUGGCAUUUUAUUUUUAUAAAACUUUGCUGAACAGCUUUGAAAUAUGAAAAAAUAAGCCUUAGCCUAUAAGACCAGGCCAACUUUGACAGUAGAGAUGCUUCAUUGACCAGGUUUCUCCAUAAAGUGGCUGUUAGCACAUGGACCUUGGCCUUAUAAGGGUUUCUGGCCCAUUUCAUCCCAAAGACUGGAAACUGCACCAAAUGGUCCUAGUUUGUCCACAGGUUUUUUUCCCCUGUUUGUCUCCCCUCCUCCUAGUACCCCGAGCCUUUGGACUGAGUUACAUAUUCAGCCCUUUAAUUUGGGGGGGGGCAGGGUUGAGACAGGGUCUUGUUAUGUAGUCAGACUGGCUUUGAACUUGCUCUGUAGCCCAUGAUGGUCUCAAACUCGAAGCAAUCCUCCUACCUCAGCCUCCCAAGUUCUGGGACUACAGGUGUGUGCCACCAUGCCCAACAGCCCUUUAAUUUUUACUGUAAAAUGGUCUUACUUUAGUCACUUAAAUUCUCCAAGCUAGGAUCAAAUCUGAGACCCUCUGUCUCAGCCUCCCAGAGUGCUGGGAUUAAAGGCCUGUGUCACCAUACCUAGUUUCUCCCUGUCUUUUUUUCUUUUUCUUUUUUUUUUUUUUUUGAGACAGGGUCUCAGUAUGUAGCCCAGGCUGGCCUUGAACUCUCAGCAAUUCUGCCUCAGCCUGUGGAGUGAUGGGAUUACAGGCAUGUGCCACCAUACCUGACUCUCCCUGUGUCCUUUUAACAAAAAGAUGUAACUGAGAACUGAAGUUAGUUCCUCCUACCUCUCAGGGUUUUAAAUUUCUUAAAUUUUCGGCUGGAGUUGAAGUUUGCUCACAAUUUCAUCCCUUAAAUGUAGCACAGUAUCUGGUAAAUGCACUUAAUAAACAAGUGAAGACCACA